GGCAAGGAGGCGAUGCUCGUCACCAAGAACAUUGCUCCCGGUGAGUCCGUCUACGGCGAGAAGCGGAUCUCCAUCGACGGGGGUGUGGAUGGGACAAAGGUCGAGUACCGUGUUUGGAACCCGUUCCGCUCCAAGCUUGCGGCCGGUGUUUUGGGUGGGAUGGAUCAUAUCUACAUCGCACCUGGUAAAAAAGUACUGUACCUCGGGGCCGCCAGUGGAACGAGUGUCAGUCACGUCGCGGACAUCGUAGGUCCUGAAGGUGUUGUGUACGCCGUUGAGUUCUCCCCUCGGUCAGGUCGUGACCUUAUUAACAUGGCCAAAAAACGGACGAAUGUCAUCCCAAUCGUGGAAGACGCUCGUUUCCCAAACAAGUACCGCAUGCUUAUUUCCUCCGUCGAUGUCAUCUUCGCGGAUGUUGCGCAGCCAGAUCAAGCUCGUAUCGUUGCGCACAAUGCGCACAGUUUCUUGAAGCAGGGUGGCCAUGUUGUCAUCUCCAUCAAGGCAAACUGUAUUGACUCGACGGCACCCGCUGAAGUCGUAUUCCAAAACGAGGUUGCGGCUCUGCGGAAUGAAAAGUUCAAGCCGCUUGAACAAAUUACAUUGGAACCCUACGAACGUGAUCAUGCCAUGGUUACUGCUGUCUACCUGCGGCACGAGGCAUAGUACGGUGGUGCUGUAGUGUUCGGUUUCUGGGGAUGGGGCUGCGUCUCUUUGUCUGGUGUAUCUUUAAUGUCUUUGCUAUCGAAUCUUCUUUUCACGGUGCUCAGAUAUGUGUAGUUGAGCGAGGGCUGUUCGGCGGGCGUCUGGAGAGGUACUUGCUAAUU